CUCUCUCUCUCUGCCUUUUUCUAGUUCUUUACCUUUCAUGCAGUCGAGAAAAUGGGAAACUGCUUUGCUCGUAAAACAGUAACGAAACGACCGGUCACGAAAAGGUUGCAGAACCAGCAAAAAGGACCCAAUUCCAGCAACCGGUGGGCUAGGGUCCGAUCGUCGAGGAAAGACAAGCUUGAUGAUUCUCUGCUUCAAGAGCAGGCUUUAGCAGCUGCGAUCUUGUUCAGGCAACAUCAACAGCAAAACGGGGGAGCUUCAUUGCCGUUUGACAGGUCGGCUUCGUUGAGGUACCCGAAUUCUUCUUCCGGGUCUAAGAAAGCUGGUCAGUUGCCUCGGAGCUCCAGUUCCAGAGCGAGGUCCCUUACUGACCCGCUUUUGCAACCUCAUCAGCUUGUUAAUCAGGGCAUAAAGCUUGAUAACUUGGAAACAAAUCAUUUUGUCCUUGUCCAUGGGGGAGGCUUUGGUGCUUGGUGUUGGUAUAAAACAAUUGCACUCCUAGAAGAAGGUGGUUUCAAAGCUACUGCAGUUGAUCUAACGGGUUCUGGCAUUCAUUCUUUCGACACAAAUGGCAUUACCAGUCUCCCACAAUAUGUGAAGCCAUUAACUGAUUUUCUUGAAAAACUUCCCGAAGGCGAGAAGGUGAUCUUGGUUGGGCAUGACUUUGGUGGUGCAUGUGUAUCGUAUGCAAUGGAACUGUUUCCUUUUAAAAUUGCAAAGGCUGUUUUUGUGGCCGCAGCAAUGUUGACAAAUGGACAAAGUACUCUUGAUAUGUUCACCCAACAGGCAGGUUCUAAUGAUCUAAUGCGACAGGCUCAGAUAUUUCUGUAUGCUAAUGGAAAUGACCAUCCUCCAACUGCUAUUGAUUUAGACAAGUCUUUAUUGCGGGAUUUGUUAUUCAAUCAAAGUCCUUCCAAGGAUGUUGCAUUAGCAUCUGUUUCAAUGAGGCCGAUCCCUUUCGCACCAGUUUUGGAGAAGCUUUCACUUUCUGACAUGAAAUACGGAUCUGUGAGGCGUUUUUAUGUAGGAACUCCUGAAGAUAAUGCCAUACCAGUGGUGCUUCAAGAGAGCAUGAUUAACUCAAGCCCACCGGAAAAAGUAUUUCGUCUAAAAGGUGCUGACCACUCACCAUUUUUCUCAAAGCCUCAAGCCUUGCACAAACUAUUUGUAGAGAUCUCGAAACUCCCUUCACCUUGAGAGAUUCUAAUUGUCGGAUGUUUCAUUGGAGUCCCCCACUAGGGCAUCAUUUGAUGAGGUAUGGGGAAGUUAUCCUCUCGAAUUUGAGUGAACAAGCAGAUGCACAUACACAUACCGUAAAAAUGGUCUUUAGUGCUCGACUGCUAGAUAGCUUAGACAUUUUGCAUCAGAGCACGGAGUAUGUUGAUAUCGCUUUCCUCAGUCCUUUUUUGUUUUUGGUUUUCCUUUCAUGAGAUAUUCAUAUUUAUGCUAGCGAAAGAUUAACACUUCAGGGUUGCACAUAAAGCAGUAUCAGCCAUUCUUUCUGUUUGUUGAACCAAUUUCUCAUGUAACAUAUGCGUCUGAGCUUAAAGAUUGUUGGAUUACUGAAAUAAAAGGUUGAUAAUUUAUUA